GCAUUUUGCUCCCGCCCAUUACUGGUGAUCUAAUUAGACAUAGAUCAUUGGAAUACUUAGCAAAAUUCAAGGGCAAUCAAAUCUGCCUUUGUGCAUAAAAGAGCUUGCUGCCACCUUCCGACAGGCAUCUUUUCUUUGUUCGUUAUCAAACAACCAACUGAUCAUGACAGCCAGUAUAAUCAACAACUUCUCCCCAUUCGACAACAGCCGCCUCGACAACUCCGCUCAUUGGGAUGAUCGGUACCAGCAUGACCCGGCGUCAUCAAUAUCAUUCACAGCACCAAUACUCCCCACCCUGGAACAAAAGCUACAAUCGAUGAUAUUCUCGGCCCGUUCCGUUAAUCCAGACUGCCUACAAUCCUUCUCCACGAAAAGCACGAGCCAAGUCAGUUUUCAAAGCGCUGAGGACAACAGCUGCACCCCACCCAGCAAAACGAAACGACGAAGGGCAAACCAGGGCACCAAUAAGCCUAACAGUUCCCAAUAUGUUGAGCACCAUGACUCUUUACACGAAGAACUUCAUCACAAAGGUAUAACUGAGCUUGUUAGACGAGAGCGCAAUCGCAAGGCCGCAGCCAAAUGCCGUGCCAAAGGCAAAGCAGCAGAGGAAGCCCUGAAGGAGAAACGAAAAAUCGAACGCGAGGGAAAUCAAUUAUUACGAAAUGCUUUUGACGAGCUGAGCAACGAGGUCCUGGCACUAAGGCACGAGCUACUCUGUCACUCAGGGUGUAAUCACCAGGUGAUUGACAAUUAUCUCAGAAAUAGUGCGGAUCAGAUUAGCAGAGGGAUGAGUCUCUCGUCGGCGUCGAUACGAAGCAGCCCUAGAAUAGGUCUCUUGCAACCCCAGAAAGUGGCAGAAUCAACAACAAAAAAGUGAAUGAUCAUUGGAUGGCCCGCUAACAAGACCAUGCUUAUAGAUCAACUCUCUAGGCUGAUGUGGUCGAUUUAACGAGUGUCGUAUCCAAGGCGCGCCUAAUGCUAGGGUCAAGAAUGCAGUCUACUGUAGAGUUUAUUUAUAUUUCCUUAUUCUUCAUUGAAUAUAGCCAAGCUGCCAUCGAUUGAACGUCGUAACCCC